AUGCCGCCACGUAUCAAAGAGUCCGAAAAUGGUGUUCCCACCUACUGGGGCCAAUCCGGUAGGAUGCUCCAAGUCCUCAUCACCAUCGUUGCCGUUACCGAUUUCCUUCUCUUCGGUUAUGAUCAGGGUGUUAUGAGUGGUAUCAUCUCCGCCCCUGCCUUCGUCACUGCCUUCCCCGAAGUCGAUGGCGACUCCACCUACGAAGGUUUCGUCGUCUCCAUCUAUGCCGUCGGUUGCUUGCUUGGCGCCAUCUUUGUCUUCGUCUUUGGUGACAAGCUCGGACGUCGCAAGAGUAUCUUCCUCGGUGCCGGAGUUAUGAUCAUUGGUGUCAUUAUCCAAAUUGCUUGUGUCCCUCCAUCCAGCGGUGCCACAGCCCAGUUUAUUGUCGGACGAUGCAUUACUGGUGUUGGCAACGGUAUCAACACUUCCACCAUUCCCACCUACCAGGCUGAAUGCUGCAAGGCUAAGAACCGCGGUAAGGUCAUCUGUAUCGAAGGUUCCAUGGUUGCCAUUGGCACGCUCAUCGCCUACUGGAUCGACUACGGCUGUCUGUACGGCCCCGAUGACUUCACCUGGAGAUUCCCUAUCGCUUUCCAGUGUGUCUUCGCCGCUAUCGUCAUCGUCAUGAUGAUCUCGCUUCCUGAGUCUCCCCGAUGGCUCCUCAACCACCACCACGAAGAUGAAGCUGCUACUGUGCUGGCUGGUCUUAAUGGAGUCUCCCGCGACGACCAAGAGGUUAUCAUACAGAUGCAAGUCAUCCGCGAUGCUGUCAACUCCUCUGGUGGUGGUGGCAAGGUCCCAACCAAGGCUCUUCUGACUGGCGGAAAGUCUCAGCACUUCCGCCGUGCUAUCCUCGGUGCCUCCUCGCAGUUCAUGCAGCAGUUGUCUGGAUGUAACGCUGUCAUCUACUACUUCCCUAUUCUCUGCCAGAGUGCGUUGAACACGACCCACAACCUCGCCCUUCUUCUCGGAGGUGUUAACAUGGUUGUCUACGCCCUCUUCGCCGCCACCUCAUUCUACUUUGUCGAGCGUGUUGGCCGCAGAAAGUUGUACCUGAUCGGUACCGUUGGCCAAAUGACUGCCAUGAUCAUCACCUUUGCUUGCCUGCUUCCCGGAGGUGUAAACAACGAGAACAACGAGGGUCCUGCCAAGGGCGCUGCUGUCGGUCUCUUCCUGUACAUUGCCUUUUUCGGUGUUACCUGGCUUCCUCUUCCCUGGUUGUACCCUGCCGAGAUCAACCCCCUCAAGACCCGCCAGAAGGCCAACGCAUUCUCAACGAUCAACAACUGGCUAUGGAACUUCUUCAUUGUCAUGAUCACCCCGGUACUGAUUACCAACAUUGGUUGGGGUACUUACCUCCUCUUUGCUGCUCUGAACGCUUCCUUCAUUCCCAUCAUCUACUUCUUCUACCCUGAGACUGCUGGCCGUUCCCUCGAGGAGAUUGAUCUCAUCUUCGCCAAGGGCUACACUGAGAAGAUGAGCUACGUGCAAGCCGCUAAGCAGCUGCCCAAGAUGGACGAGGCCCAGAUCGCCGAAGCCGUUCGCCAGUACGACCUCUCUGACAGCGACAUUGAGAACCGCUCUGCGGCUGGAUCGCUCAAGGAGAAGCGUCAGCAAGAUGAGGAGCUCAUGCCUCAGGCAGGCGGACAGAUGUAA